CUGUGGAAACAUUAUGUUCCUCUUUCCAAGAUUGAAUCAACUCAUCUGCAGAUGAAUACCAAAGUUGUCAAAAUUUCGUCAUUUUUACACAUACCUGGAAAUGGGUUGAAAAUUCGUCUUCUCACUGCAACCUCAUUAAGACGAGGCAAAUAUUCUUUUUAUUGUCUCAAGAAAUACUCCAGAUCAGGAUCAGGCUCUCCUUUACCUUUUCUUCGUAAUAAAAUUCACUGAUGAAUUUUUUUAUUGCCUUUCUCGAUGAUUGCUCUUUUAUUUACCCACAAAAGUAUGAAGAGCGUCUCUUAAAGUCAAUAAAGCAUAUUGACCUCCUUCUCCAGGUACGAAACUUGCAAAGUUUAAUUAAACACAUUCCAUUCUUUUUUGUUCAUGUGAUGCAAAGAAAAAAUUCCAUUUGUCAAGUUUUCCCGUGAGACUGACCAAGAGACUUUUCAAGUUGAAUUUCUACCGAGGGGUUUGGGCGACUGGAUCGCUCACCUCUCUUUUACACUCCAUUUUUCCUACCUCUUCACCUCAUCAUUCACGAAUGCCCAAAGAGGCAGAAAGCGAUUGAACAUGUGAAUGUUAGAGAGAUGUGAUCUUUUAUUCUUCUCUCAGUUUCCUAGGGAAUUCUCCUUUCGAAGUCAUUCUUUUCACUUUCAUCUUCGCGGGUUAGUGGAUUGUGAGAGAAACUUGGCGUUGAGGAAGUGAGUCCUUGGAUGUGUCUUGUCAGGUGAGUGAAAACAAUGGUGCGUACAUUUGAAAAACUUUGAGUGGACGUCAGUGAGAGGAAAACUUUACUUCUGAUUUUGAUUUUUUUGAAGAAAACAAAUUUGUCUGGUUUCUGUCUGGCUCUGUUUGACAGGGAUUGAAGUUUUCACAGAUCAUCAGUUCGAUAUUUUACAUGAUCAUAGAGUGAAUUGAGUUGGACAAUUGAAAUCUUCUGGAGUUUAUCAAUUAAUUAAAAUCCCUCUUCACUCUUACCUCAAAGAAACUAGUUAUGGAAAAUAUUUUCCAUCAUCGAAGAGAUAUAAUUCAAGUAUCCAGUUGAAUUCCCUCUCUAGCAUCUAUUAUUUUUAUAUUUUAUUGAUCUCCGCGUCCCGGUGGAAAUCAAGCACACGAACGUUCAAUGAUUAGGAUAAAUUGAAGUUGGGACAGGAGCUGAAUCCGAGCAGCAACUCCUCCCUUUAUCCUCGCUCAAUUUAACGUUUCCAAUAUUGUCCCUUUAGUUGAGUUUUUCAUUUCUCGCCAUUAUCCACAGCCAACUCUUGAAAUCGAUGAAAAUUCGAAAGAGAGAUCAGAGGCAUUCAUCUCACUCUGCUGCGUUCAAGACGUGCAAUUUUGUGCGAGAAUUACCCGAGAUGCUUGAACCAUUUCCGCACCAACGGAUUAGAGAGCCUUGCAUUCAGCUCACUAAUGAACGCCUCGUCCUUUACAAUUGGAAAAUUCAUCAUUUUUCUCAUUAGCCCCUCAUGCUAAUUUACACUCUAAUUAUGAUACGACAUUUGAUAUGUCUGUAUUCGUAGAGACAAAAAAAAAUACAAUUUACACAAUGGAAAAUAUGUUGUAUUAACAAGUGAAAAUUAUAAUUAAUUUUCAACGUAUUCAAAGGAAAAUAAUUAACUUUAGCUUUGUCGUCAAAAUCCGAAAACCCCUUUUUCUCCCCGCAAACAGCGCGAUUCCCUGCGAUAAAAUGAUGAAGACAAAAGCUAUUGGCCAUGGGUGGUCUGACCGCAGCGUGGUUCCUUCCACUUGGCGGGAGCCUGUGAUUGCAGAAGUAAAUCAACAGUUUUUAUACCGGAAAUGCCUCCACCGAGUUCCAUCAUUCACAGUCUUCUUUUUCUCCAGUUAUUUAUAGAAUACCUACUGUGAUUCGUCGAUGGCAAAAAUUACAAAAGAGAAAAUGGCAAAAAAAAUGGGGAAGGGCCGGAAUUAAAUCGCCCUUAGGCGAGUUAUGUGCAUCAAUAAGAGCCAAUAAUUCCACUUUAUCCUUGCACAAUAGCUGAUUCUCUCCGCAGUGUUGUUCCCUCGCAAUCCUGGAUUACACUUUUGUCCAUCUUUGAAGUUGAACAGUAUCGGUUAUCAUAUGAAUUGAUUCAUUAUUCUAACGCUUGAACGAAGGGAAAUGUGAAAAUGGGAGAGUGUAUCAUUGCGGAGAGAUGGUAUUUCAAGAAGUGGAUGCAGAAGGGGAGAAGUAAAGGAGGGACGAAUGAAAAACUGGUCCUGAAGUGGCCACUAGGAAUGAAAGAAAAGGUCAUGGAGGUGGAGCACUGGAGGUACAGCAGUUUCCAGUUCCAAUGCAAUCUCGGGGAAACUGAUGAUGUACUUAUCUCUGUGAAUGCCUAUAUCUCAUCGUUUCACUCGUUAUUUUUAUCUGCAUUGAUGCAUGUUUGCGGAAACUCAAUCCGAUAAUGAUCGAACGAUAAUUCCAACUAUUCCGUUAGCCAUUUUGCUUGCUAUUACGCGAAUAAUGAUGUCGCAGCUACUGAUUGACUGAUUUCAAUAUAACACGAAUUUAUAUUCAGGUGAUUUCAUCGUUAGAUUUUGAUGUAUCGUUUGACUGAUCCAUUUAGUGCCGACUUUGAAUAGGUGAAUCAUCAUGAAUUAUUCAUGCCUAUUCGACUUACGGGGACUAAAAUUGGGGCUACAUUUAAUUGCUGUCACUAGACUCUCGUAAUAAUAUUUUAAAUGCUCAGUGUACGUCCAUUUCUCAUCGAGAGCCGUUUAAUCUCUCUGUUGAUGUUGGAAUAUCUUUCGGAACAGCUGCGAGAUGAGAAAAGAAGUUUCAACAUUCGACGGCAGAUUCGAAGGGAAAAAUCAGGGAGUCUCUUGGCACUGGUGGUUGUAGUUAUUCAUGGGAAAAGUUUUUAAUUUAACGGUACGUCCCGGGUGACAGUAGAGAGGCUCAGGAGUUUGACCGUUGGAGGAGGGCUGGAGGACAGUGAGAGGUAAAAGUUUAGUUUUUAGAAUCCAACGGGGUUCAGGCGGUCUACAUCGAAUCUUAAGACAAUUUUUAUACAGGAAACCAAAUAAAAUGGGAAAAAUGUAAUGAAAAAUAGAAUAUAAACUUGAGAGAUAAGAUUUCAAUGCACGUCGAAAUGCCCUUCAUAAUUCAUGAAAAAAAAAACGCGAAUAAGAAGGUACACGUAUAGUGCGCGUGAAUUCACCUCCAACGAUGAGGCCAAAGUCUCCCUAGGAUAGUUGAGUUUUGUGAUGCGAUACAUAAAUAAGGAGUAUUCCGAGUACGUGGAGUAGCACGCCCCAGCCUCAGUAUAUAAGUAACAAGCUACAACACAAUAGAUGUUGCUUCAAAGUUUGGAUAUCCUACCGAAUCCUCAAAGUUUUACCCAAAACAUUUUCAAGGCGAGUUUCUUCAAGUACAUGGAACCUCGGUUUGCUCACAGCACCGGGGGGCCUCUAUCUAAUUUUAUUAGAACGCGGUAACCUCACGGAAUUCCAAUAGAAGACUAGCAUCGUACGCCCACGGCUCAUAGAGAUGAACACAAAAUUCCAAAUUUCUUCAUUAAGAAUUCACCAGCCAUCUUCAUAUUACGGUUUUACGGUGCCAUAAAAUUCUUCAGUUCUCACUACACAUCCUCAAACCACUGUAUACACACGAGAUUCGGUAAAUCGUGAAUGGCGAACGGGCAGGGGGAGGGAAGGGAUAAUGGCUCACAUGAGCUGAGCACAGACUGCACGGAAGUAAUUGGAAACACGUGUUCACCGGGACAGCAGAUGGUCUGUCCGUUGGCGAUGGGCUUGUGCUCGGCCGUUGCUCAUAUAAAUCGUCUGAUCUGCAAUUCAGUAGCGAAGUCGUCAACGGUAAUGAGUAGAUUUCUCUAUUUACAAAACAGGGUAACUUUUUCAUUGUAAGGGAAAAAAGAAUUUUUCUUUAUCAAUCAUUUGAAUUUUUCAAUCUGGGUGUGCAUUUAUCGGAUAUUGGAUAGUUUCCUUAGUUAUAGAUCAAGUACUUUGUUCUCUAAAGAAAUUCCAGAAAGGGAACAGUUUCUUUGACGCAAAGACACUGGACAAAAAAGAGACAACAAUUUUAGAAUCAACUCCUCACUCUGUGACCUGUAUUUCUCUCCCUUCUGGAGUCUCAAUUUCCCUGCUGGCAAGUUGGGGUAGUGAGAGAAAAGGUAACAUUCCUGCAUACGAUGUCCCAGUUGCUCGUACACUCGGGCAAGAUCGAUUUUCUCCCUAAAACCCAGUACCUCGGUAAACGGUCGGGAAUCUUUGUAUAACGCGUGCAUAUACAUUCAAAUUUUUGGGUGGGAUUUCGGCACAGCGGGGAAGUUAUUGUUAGGAAUUAUACGGAAGCAAAUCCCGACUUUUGUCAAAAUUCCCCCUGCGACGCGAAAAAAAAUUUUUUUUUCUCUCAUAAAAAAAUAAAAGGCCAACCCUUUUGAUUUUUCUGUGGGAGAAAUCAAGUCGUGUUACGAUUGAAUUUCGCCACUGGGGUAAAUUUUCCAUACAAAGGCCUUUAAUAGAAAUGCCUGUAAAUAAAUGAAUGUGUCGAGAGGCAAUUAGUAAAAGCUACGAGGUCAGUCGAAGGCUCGUGUCGCCGUCGAUAUGGCGAACGGGAUUUACUUGCAAUUAAGCAAGGUAUCGCACCAGACUCCAAAGGCUUUAGUGUUCCCGUGGGAUGUCGACAGGCAUACCCAUCAAGAUUUACAGGGAGAGGGAUUCAAUUAAUUUCUCUUUCAGUCUUCCCCAAACCCCAGCGAUUUCCUCACUCUGGUCAAGCUCUGCUCUUACAAAGAAAAAAAAAUAUCGUGCUUAAACAGAAGGCGGGAUUCCGAUAUUCUUUCCAGACGAAAUGUACUGCUAAGAGUAGGUGAAUGCACUGUUGUAUCAGACAUUUGGCGUUAGAAUUUUUUCAGCUCCGUAUAAAUGCCAAAAGUUGUGCAAGCUAUUUUGAGAAAUUACAAGUGCAAAACGAUUUCCCCCCUUCUUAUUUCCUGAAACACGUGUUGUUAAAUACGAUGCACUGUGUUGCGGGAAGCUGUGUACAGAUUUGGCCUAUGGGCGUUCAAGUUACAUUUAUUAUCUAAGCCAUGGCCGCGACCACCACCGGCGGAUUUAUGCGAGUAGCGGCAAUGUUAUUUAUGAGUCCGUGCUGUGCCACUGUAGGUUUCUCCCCACAUUCACGAUGUUUGCGAAAAUUCGUUGGAACAUUAUCGGACAAUUUAUUUCAAGCCAUGUUCGAUUUAGUGUACGAUACAUGAACUUGGCUGUAAUAAUGUAGAGAUGGUUUAUGCCUUCUAUUGACUGAAUUCGCAGGGGGAAAUAGCUGAAGAAUAAUAAUUUUUUUUUUUUAAAGACUGUGGGAAUAUUUUUCCCUUGUAAAAAAUAUUAUCUUCCGAAUGAAGGAAAGCACCAUCACGGGUAAAUCUAACAGAUUUUACUGUUGACGCACUAGUCAUAUUGAUGGAUCUCCGAACGUGACCACGCAAGUUGUGUUAUAUAUCCAACCGAUCUUCCGAAGACAAACGAAGUGCAGGGCCGCGAGUGAAGCUCAGCAAUGAGUAAACAGCGCUUUGCUCUCAGCCCCAUUAACACGGAACGCAUUCAUAAGCCCUCGACCAGAUCGUUUCAUACGAAAUCCACUCAUGAUCCUUCCACGCUCCUCAUUACCGCAUCUCCAUGUAACGAUCUGAUCCAUUCUCCCUUUACCAGAGCAAACGAGAUAUGAAUCCGUGGCCAUCCAAUCUCCCACAUUAUUUCCGUGUGAAAUUCAACGUGAAAUAUUCUCUGCAAUAUUCAGCGUUGAAUCCAGUCAUUUUUUUUCUUCUCAAAAGCUCGCAUAUUUAUUUUUCGAUCAGGCGGUAACUAAGCUCAUGAAUAUUCGAGAAUUCAGUACGAAAUAGGUCAGUUCACUGAGACGAAUAGUUUAACUGAUUUAAAUAAACUUUGUUUGAAUGGAAUACAUCUACGUGUUUGAACUAGCUCGCGAUAAAGCUUCUGUUUGAACGUGAAUUUAAUAUUCACUUGUGCCUUAGUUCACAUUAAAUGUGUAGUAUUUGAAAGGGAAGCUAAUGGCGCCUGUAUAAAAUAACAAAUGAAUCGUUCAAUUCAUUACUGCAUAUUUCAUAUCAACACUCAUCUGCAGCGUAUAACAAUAAAUAUUCAUAAAUAAUUAAAAUUAAUUUGCCUGAUCCGUCGUGAUAUAUGAUUACGAACGGUAUUAAUUGCGUCGGCAAUCUGAUGUUUUCUUCGUGAAUAAAAGCCGGCAGUGAAUGGUAAAUGUCUGGCUCCCUUGAGCAAUUAGUUUCAUUCGAGAAUUGAUAAUGGUUCGUGAAUCGGUUUUGAAUCACAGCCGCAUAACGAGGCAGUCCUUCACCGAGAGUUUCCCGAGAUGGAAUUUUUUUUCUUCGUCUUCUUUUUUUUCACCCUUUCGCUACCACUUCUGCAUCGUGAUGCUUCAUCCAGCAGCGCUGAAGUCGAGUGGAGUAAUUGCCACAUCGAUCACCAAAUCGUGGAAUAUUCUUCUUGUUGACGAUGUGCCCAGGGGAAUAUCUGACUGGGAGUAAAUCUUUUUAGAAACGAGAGAGAAGAGUAGUGAAAGAGAUAUUAUGGAACGGAGUCAUGCAUUUAAGGAUAUCUAGGAAUCUUGUACUCGAGUUAUUGUCAUUUUUAUCAUUGAUUAAAGAUCACGGAUUAAGAGCUGAAAGAGCAUAUGAAAACUGAAGAAAAUUUUUUUUCCAAGUUUCCAAGAACAUGAAAUAUGCCAUUCAACAUCUUAAAUUCACACGGGCUAGAGAACACCUAUUUUUUUCAGCGACGAACCAAAACCUGUACAUUUCAAUAUUCAUCGCAUACUCCAGAUCCCUCACCAGAAAACAUUUAGCAAAAAAAGAACGAUCGUGGAAAUCUCCAGAUGUGUUCUCAUAUCCUUCCCUCCCCAUCAUAAAAACUUCUUUUAAAAUGUAUCCCACAAUAUACUGUCUUCCUUCGAAUAUAAAGACUUCAUCAAAUCUCUUUGCAAUGCAAUGGAAAAAAAAUUUUCAUCGGAUGUGCUUGAAAUAUUCUCCACUGAAAUACGUUCAACGUAAUCCAUGGAAAUCCCUGAAAUCCUCUCUCUUACUUCUAGCAGUUUUUCAUAUAAAAAUCUCUUCCCAAGCACUGUCGCUGCAUAUAGAUUCUGGGUAUAUAUUUUCCACGUCGUCAAAGUACCUCAUUUUACAUUUAGUUUCAUACAUCCUCGUGAGUAGAAAUAGUGGCAGAUUUUACGGAAGAUUGGAUUGUUUCACGGGAGCAAGACAAGUGCCUCUGGCCGAUGGGGACCUAAAGAACUGAUAGAAUAUCUUUGGGUGUUGAGGUGGUGAGUAACGGGCUCUGAGUAAAGGGUGCUAUACACGGCCCGAGUGGUGGCGGGGGGUUAGAGGGUAAAAGAAAGUAAAGCGGCUUCUUUGAGCUGACCACCUGCGGCAGAGAAACCCGAGUAUUCACCUCUUUUUUUGUUGUAAAAGAUACGGUUGAGGGUCUGCAAGAGGAACAUGUAAAGGGUCUAAAUAGUAAUAAAGAAACUAAAGAUACAUGGAGAGUAAAAAAAAUAGAAAAUAUUACCGUACUCGUACAGUUAAGCGGGCUCAACUAGUUUUUCCAAAUGGAGAUUUUUUUUGUAAAAAAUAACUAGUCUACUGUCCGUUGAAUUUCAGUAUUUUUCUAUCAAUGCAUCAAGUUCCAUUCAUUGCCAUACGGUGUUCUGUUUAGACUUCAAUUUUCAUAUAAAUGAAAAAUUGAGGACCUUUGAGGCAAUAUUUUUUCCGACAAUUAAAAAAAAAAUACAGGAGAUGUACGAAGCCCGGGUAGAAAGAAUGGAAGUGUGACGUCAUUCGAUCCUUUAUUACUCGGUGUAAAUUGUCGUUUUAUUUUCUGGAUUCUCAUUUUCUCAUCUCCAACCCCUACGCAGACAUGGCUGUAAAUACCUCAUGGCAGUGGUCUGGGGCAAGAGAGUGGAGGCUAAAUGUGACAGCUAGGAAACUCUCAUACUAGCACGUACUGUAAUAUUAUCCGGUGUAUGUUGUUCUCAAGGGUGUCGAGAAUAAACACUUUUUAACUCCGAGCAAAUGAAACGAAACGCCAUGUUCGUGGUGCCAGUUUCGUGUUUCUUGCGUCUUUGAUUAUUGAGGUGGCAGGUUUAACACUUGUUGUACUUGUGGGUUCAACAUGAAUGGCGACAAAAAAAUCAAAAAACACAUAGUUGCAUCAGGGAAAUAUUUUUCUCUCUCAAUCAAUGAUAAUUAUAAUUCUGCAGACCUGAUUCCAUUGAAAUUGUCGUGCAUCUUGAAUUGUUGAAUUCCAUCUUCAUUUUAAUUACUCAAGACAUUUUGUGUGCUAGUUCUUGAAUACAGGUCUGCCGUGUGCCACAAUAAUCCAUCGCAUUGUUUAUUCUAUUCUCCAAAAGUUUUAAUGAAUAUUUUUUUAGCUCAUCCUUGAUAUGAAACCAGAGGAGAGCUCAACAGAAAGCUCCAGCUUUUUUAAAAUAUUUCUUUGUCUGUAGUUAAGUAAAUCCCGGUCAUAUCCUUGUUAUCUUUAUUAAAAUUCUGCAGACGUGACUCUACUAUUAUGAAUAUAAUGAAGAAAAUUAUUUAUAACUCCUAGUAAUGAUAAAUAUUUUAUUGAAAACCAAAAGUCUAUUUAAAAAAUGAAAGACUAUCAUCUCCAUUAGCUUAAAUGUCUCAUAAUUAUUGAGACAAUUGAAUAUAUAUCCAAGAUUCUCUUCAACUCCAGCCAAUUGAAAUGACCCGUAAUUAGUUCUCCUAAUGAUUUAAUCACAGAGCAUCUGUGUACCAUCGAUUUACCUUCAAAUUGCCCCAGCAACAGAAGCGUCAGCCUGUUGGUUGAGGUUGACUACUCAGAAACGUCUGACUACCAAUGUCCCUGGAUUGCACGUUGAACAGCAAGAGACCACUGAGGCAUGUACCGAUCAAGCCAGGACGUGCAACACGGUUGGCAUGUAAAAGCCUCCACCAGAUUGACAUUCUCCAUUCCCGAGGCAAGCUGACCCCUUACCCCCCUCGCUACCACAGGGUUGUCGCCCUCUCGGCUGAAUGAGUGCCAGUGAAUCUGGACAUUGGCAACCUGUCCAUUUACCACCCCUAGGGCGAUGUCGCGCCUGAUGCAUCAAUUAAUUUAGCAAAAAAAUCCCAUCUGAAUUUGAACAAACGGUGAAAGCUCCGUUGAAUAGUCUCACCCAGCCGGUGAUGAUGAUUUUUUUUUUCAUUUCCCAGAGUCGCUAAAAUUUCUCUUUCACCCUGCCCGGGGGAUUACACGCGAAUCCGCGACUCAAUGGCGCUUCCCUCGCGGUUAUAUUGAGCGUUCAAUGUAUAUUCUCAUGAAUUUUCAUUUUCAAAUGUUUAGCUUCACCACUAUUUUCCACUAUUUUUUUUGGACUAUUAAAUUUUUUUUUUUAUUUAAUUUCAUAAAAAUAUUGCAUCUGUAAUUGGCUGUCCAACAGUUAUGAGUAAUUAUCAAGCGGGUUUGGGUGUAUAUUUUAAUGGCAAAACCUCUCCACAAUGUUGCUUCAUUGUUGCGCGUUUUCUCGUGUAAUUGGGAGGAAAAACCAAAUCGGAAUAAUAUAUAGCAGAAAUGGAGUGCAUCAAUGGUGCAUCAUACGAACUAGUGACGCAAACGAUCCGAAACGCAACCGUUGACUCGAAAAUGAGGAGACAAUGCUCUGUCGACUUGAUUAAAAGCCAGAUUUUACGAGGGUCCCACCUCCUGGGACAUACAUAACGCACAAGCACUCCAACUGGUGUAUGCGAUCGAGUGAAAAAGAGGUGGAUAAUUUACAGCGUCGACAAUGAACCCGCCUGUUCGUUGCUUUUUACGAUCGACCACUAUUAAAAGCAGUUUGAUGAACGACACGCGCUUGCAUCUGAUUCCUUGUUUCUUUCUCGACUCUUCUGAUUUUAAAAAAAUUGAUUGCUCUAUUUGCGACAUGACACGUGGAGAUAUGCGAGAAAAAUGAAUGGACCACCAUUUGAAGAGACGAAAGAAUGGAGCGAAAAAUGUCCGUCUAAACGACGACAGCAGUCACCCGAGAUGCAUUUGGCUCUAAAAGGUUCAGAAGAAAUGUGAAAAGUUCUUGAAAGAUUGUCGAGAGUAAAAAUGGAUUGUUGGAAAUGUCUUUUGCAUAUGCAGUUUAUUUCCUCCCGUUUAGCAGGUUUUAGGGCCCAUUUGAGAAUGCCGUAAUCAAUAUCUUCCUUAUUACAUUGUGGAAAUACCCCAGAAAAUGGUAAUUCGAGUAAAAGUUGAAUGCCCGUCUGUCUAAUGAAAUUGAACGAAAAUUUUGAAUUUCACAUAAAACACUGAAUUGAAUUCGGAUUUUUUCAUGAUAAAGUAAAGUGAUAAUUAAAUUGAUUAAUAAAUUACGAUUUCGAGUCAAGCUAUCUAAGGCCAUUGAGGAUAUUUUAUUCCUCUCAAGCAAAUAUGCUCAACAAAUGGGAAAAUUUUUCUCUCCCUGUACGUGCCCAUGUACCCAUUCAUUUCCGGGUGAGUGUCGUCAUGCUCAUUGAUAGGAAUUUUCACUCGAAUUCUCUUCACAUCCCACUCCGUAUUUUCGAACUCCUCCAUGCUGUGACAUUGCGAAAUUGCUAGAGGCAAAAGUUGCUCACGGAGGUGAGCGAUCUGGGUGUAGAUUCUAAAUUUUUCCUCCAAUACUUGCACUAGUUUCGAUGCUCACCUGGCUUGCACACAAGAGAGACAUGUCUCUCAUAGAAUCCUCCCCGGGGACGCAUACAGUAGCAUCGAGCAAUUGCACGAGGAGCUUCUCCCUUCCAACAUGGCAAUGUUAUUUAAAAUAUUUAACUGGAGGGGAGAAGGAAAUAUCGUUUUCGAUGGAACAUUCAUGAGAUUUCUUUUUUUUUCUAUUUCCCGUAUGUACCACUGCUGUUAAGAAUUUUGCGCAUUCGGAGAGAAGCCGCUUGGUAUCGUUGAUAUUCUGACGUUUCUUAGCUAUUUAUAUGUCUUCCUAGUUUAUUCUUUACUCCGCGUUAUUUAUUCAAUGUCCGAGACAUUGAGUAAAUAUCCUUUUUGAAACGGAAAGGCUUUUGAACGCGAUAACGAAUAUCUCGCGUCUAAGAGUGCUUCAUUUUUUCAUGAAAUCUCGGAUAAGCGAAUAGUAGCAGUUAUCCUUGUAUGGGAGAAAAAAAUUUUGAGAGAUAAUUAAUUUACAUGACGAGUAAACAUAUUCUGCUGCCAAGAAAUUUUUUACUUUUUCUAUCCGCGAGGAUAAAUUCUAUUAGCAAAAUAUUUUUCUUUCUCAAUACACCCUUUUUGCAAUGCAGGCAUUAGCAGCGCGUUAAGCCUCUAUAAACGAUGGACGGCCUGUCAGCUUUAGCCCACCGUGACAGCCCUAAUUUUUUCCCCUCUCAAAAUCUACGUGAAACAAUGUCACCGCCGCCAGCAAUUUACGACCUACCUAACCUCUUUCCACUCCAUAAAAAUAUUCGAUGAAUGCCUCCCAAGACGACCCUCAUAUUACCCUCGUCAUCCUGAACACCACGUUCCCUCGUUCGCUCUUAUAUACGUCAACCCCCUCCUACGUCCCUCCACCACACAACCAAGCGCAACAAUCAUUUUGUAGUGGAACACGCGUGGCACAUCUGGGGAAAUCUCGUUUCUCCAACAUCCUCACGCCCACGAAGUAAAGCGUUGAAAUAUUCCUGAAGCCUCUGUAGACUACGACAUACUCCCGAACCAUUGCAAUUCCCCAAGCUCUCGCGAAAAGAACACAUGCGGUCGAGAUACAAAAUUCAGCGUUUUACCGGGGCCAUUGUAGCCAUUGUGUUUUGUCAUUUGCGUCGGGGAAACACGAAUCUACCACUUUAAUUACUCUCCCGAAAACUUUAAGUCCUCUGAACCAUGGAAAGUUGACAAUAUUAUUUUAAUAUAAGAUUACACAAGCAAAUAUCCGCACCCCCUGACAUUUAACAACUCGCCGGCUUAAAAUUCCAAUCUAAAAUGAUGAACAGCUAUAUAUAUAUAUAUAUAUAUAUAUAUAUGACGUGAUCGUUGAAUGGGCCGGCCAAUACACAUGACUCGGAUCAGCGGAGAAAAAUCUCUGUUGAACUUUCCUCUUACACGCUCGUCCCAUGACGUAGAACAAUGAUUUAUCCAGCCACCCAGUCCCGUUGGUCUUCAUCCGUCGAGCGACGACAGAACGACAGAGGAAAAAAAAGUUGGCCAGAGAGACUUAUCUCCAUUGUCAGGGUUAAUCCCUGAAAAUUGGUUAAAGCUCCUCGCUUGAUUUUCUCUCGUUUGCCUCCUUGUGCUCAUUCAUUUCCCUCAGCAUUUUCCAUAGCAAUGAAAUCCUCUCCAUAUUCCAACGCUUACCAAAUCCCUCCACAAACAUGCAAAUGUACUUGGGGCUUCGGAACUUUGUUAAUGUAUUGACGUAAUAUUGAAAAUUGCAUAAUCCAAGGUACUUUCUAACUUGGUCUUGCAAACCAUCGCGAUAAUCUCGACUAAUUCAUUGAUAAUAGGCAAAGUUCUCGAGCGCACAGAGUCAUCAAAUAUUGUUGGCCCAAUGGGGGUUCAAUUAAAAUUCAUUAAAACACCCGUCAAGAUUUGCAUGCUGCGUGAGAGGACACAAAGGAUAACGUCACCAACAACAUCGCUUGGUUCAUUAUCGUUGAUAAAAUUUUCAUUCCAAAACUCGUAGGGAAAUUUCAAAAACUCUCAGCAGGUUUAUGAUUUUGUACAAGGAAUGAAAUCCGCUUUGCUCGACAGCGUCCAACGGUUUUCUUUGAAGUGAUGUUGGUUACUGGGCGGAACUGCUUAAUAAACAGUUGUGAAACUCUAUCUUGUUGUACUUCCGCACUGCCGUUCUCGCACGUAUACCUACUUUCAGGAUCAGAACGGAUUAUGAGUACGAUCUGCUCACGUUAUGUACUCAUAUAAAAUAUGCUCUGCUGGUUGUUUAGCAUUUCGAGAAUUUCGGGCGAAUGGUUGCAUAGAAAUAUUUUAAGUGAAGGUUGAGGGAUAAUUUAGGCAUUACAUCACAGUUAGGUCUUUGUGUUGUUGUAAGAAAAAUUAAAUACCAUGAAUAUAUAUCAGGGAAUUAAUCUCAAAACGGUAGAUUAUGAAUUAUAUAAGCAUUAUGGAAAAAGCACUGAAUAUCCAUUUACGUUAGUACGAGCAUAUGCAGUAUUGAGUUGAAAAUCUACAAUCCAAGUCGCACUAUGCAUCACAUAAAGUUACUGGUUAGUCGUAAAUGUCGAAAUAUAUCAAUAGUUGAACAAGCACUAAAUAUCCCAGUGGCGCAGUACCGAAGCCCGCCAGCAUCGUAACACCGUACUCGCGCGGGUAACGUCUAUCCCUCGGUGGAGUUUGAAACCCCGUUGUAAGUACCUUCAUGGCCUCCCAUCCUACUCGAAAUCUCUCGCUCAAUUGUGGUAGAACGGACCAACGGAAAAUCAAUGAUUUGUAUUUGAUCCAUUCAUUGCUCUCGGAGGCUUUUACUGAUAACUAACCCAUCAAGUUUUCAAUGUUUAAAUCAUACCGCUGUAUCCACCUCCCACUUUCCUCAAGCGACGUCUUCCGCUCAAUCAUCCACAAAUUGAAUUAUUUAUAAAUAGAAUGGAGGAAGCUCAAAGUUGUUUCUAACUAUUUUUUGUUGUGGAAUAACCCAACUAAUGCCUCAAAUUAUUCAUCCCCAACAUCAACUCAGGUGUUGAGACAACUACACAAAUCUCGUUAGUGACUGCAGAAUAGAAAGGAGGUGAUACACAGUCAACAGUGAGCCACAUCCCCGUUCGCUAUCGAUCCUCAGCCUACGUGGCAGGCCGCCUUUGUCCUCGUGAUUAAGUGCACGCGCACAUCCGUUCUAUGUGGCCUAUCGGUACGCAACGAAUGGGUUGAGUUUGCCGUUAACGGUGCCUUAAUGAAACACCCCAUAAGCAGGGAGAACAUCACUCAAUGUUAUCGAAUAUCGGUGAGACUUUUGCUACAUCUUCCCUUGAAUCAUACUACAGAAUUUCUCAGUUAGGAAUCUCAUAGCCCCCAUCAGAUGGAAUCAGGUAUUAGUACGUCUUCGGAAUUUGUAGAAAGUUCUUUGAAGUUACCCGCCUCCACCCCGCUUCCCAUCUAUCAUCUGUAGCAAGUUGAGAAAGAUGAGGGGAAAUGGGAGAAGAAGAUUAGCAAGCGAAAUUCAAAAGUUCCCUUACGAAAUCAAGGAGUUAACUCUUUGAGUUAAACUUCUGAUUUCGAUGCACAUCCAAUCAAACUUAUUUGAAAAAAAAGUGUUGAAAUUUUUAUAGAGCCACCAACUUGGUAGAAUUGCUUUCCCUGCAAUUCGUCGCUUAAUAGCCAAUAUAGCAUUAGUCGCCUGUCAACUCCAGAGAUAUUGCAAAGGGACACGAAAAUCAUUUCAGUCACAAGUGCAGUAUUAUGUUUGUGGAUUGAGUGACCGUAAAUCCGAAUUUGAUGAACGAGAAAUCCAGCUGGUCUCGGCAUUAAAUGGGCUUAAUCAUUCCACCAAUGAACCAUCGAGAGACUUGCCCUCGCAGCUGCUCUCCUGUCCCACAUGAUCCGAGGCCAAAAGAGAUCAAAAGGAAACCAAUUUCGAUCUCCACGAAUUUCAUAAACCCAACAUUUUCCUUUUAUCGUCUGAACUUGUAAUAGAAAAAGGAAAAAAAUCUGGCCAGAUAGACGGGACAUGUACAAGUGUAGGGAAUAGACGUUCCACUGAGGAUGUGGGGUCGGAAGGUGAAAAAUAAGAGCACCCAGAGAGUUGGAGAAAAAAAAAAGCGAUGAAGAAAGCACGACUGGAGAGAAAAAAAAGGAGUGCGAGUAAAAAGGGAGAGAGAUAAAACGCCGUGGUGGUUGGGAUGGUCGACUGGUGGGUGCGGGGUGUUGGUGGCGGAGUGGAUAGGGUGGCGCCGCAGGCCGCGCCGUCGCCCAGCAUCCCCUGUGACGCUCGUCUCCCGUAGAGGCGCACCCUCAGUGCCAGGAGUAUGCCGCUAGUCAUACGUUGGACAGUUGCGAGUUAACUGUAUUGUCCUGGAGUGGAGUAAUCGUAGAAUUUUAAAUCUAUGUUGACAGUUACAGUGUAGGUAAAGCUACCGGUAUCUGUAACCACUCAGUGAUCAUAUCAUGAAUGAGUUGAGUCAACGGUCGAAUGAUGAUCGCAACAACAAUCUUGUCAACAAUAGUGAAGUGUCAAUGAGUUAUUAAUUACUUGGCAAUUGAGCUGUAAUUGAUCAGUGUAAAGUGCCCUGUCUCCUGAGUUAUUGUCAUGAUCCCAACUGGGGUAUAGGCUACACCUUUCAUCACAUUGAGAUGUACUUAGUGAAGAGGGUUGACGGUUCAAUUGACUGAGUAAAGUUGCGGGUGUAUAUUCAGAGAAACUGAGCGUAUGGUGGUAUCAAUGGGAUCAGCGUCUGUAGAUAUAGCAACGGUACAACCGUCAACAUCAUCAGCAUCAACACCGGAUCCACUACCACCGCCACUGUUAUUGGCAUUGGAUCAUCACAAUCGCCGACUCUAUUGGACGAAGCGUCAGCAUAUUGCUAAAGUCAUUGUAAUACAAGACACGGCCAUUUUCGAGGGAUAUGUAUGAUUGAUAUCCACUGAUUUUCUCUUUAAUUGACGAAUAGGGUAUUGCGAUUGACGAAAAAUGGGAACCGAAAGAUUUCGCUAGUUGAGCGGCAAGGGAUUUCAUGCCAACUGCAUUUCCUAUCAACUCCGAGAGAAAGAAUAAACUGAAAAUGGAUACUUUCUUAAUCAUCGGAAUUUGUUUUCUUUGUUACGAAUUUUGUGAUUUGAUUAGACGUUAUGCAACACCCUCCAGUAAUAAUCCUCAUGAUGUCGGACCAUCAGUACCACCCUCACCCCGUGUUUAUUCAAUCUCACACAAGGUUUCACCGCAGAAUCCUCCAGAGUGUUUCUCACAAUAAAUAACGAGAAUUCAGAAACUAAUGGAUGUGAAUUCUGAGCAUCUAUUGAAUCAUGGUUCCAAUGGAAUAUUCCCUCACUGAACGAUAAAUGGACAGGGAGUUGUAUUUAGCUGACGAAUCAAAUGCUUACCAAGAGUUGAAAGCCCUCAGGAUACCACGUUUCCUUGUGACACACAGGCUACCCAUCGGAAGUAAGCAAAAGGUCGUGGUGAACCGCAAGAACGUUCAAAACUUUGUCGGGAUCUGGGAGUGUCGUUUAAAGCACAUUUGCCCUGAUAGGCGCAAUGACUGUCAUGAGACAUAUUUAAUGAAGUUUUCUAUGAAAGUUUAUUAGACUUCACAAGAGCCAGUCAAAAUAUUUAAGUAGGGCAGAUUCUAACACUAUUUCAAGCAUCCAUAAUGAAUCUUUCAUACAAUUAGAUGAUGCUUGCCUAGUAGUGCCACAAUAUUGGAUUGAUUGAGCCAGCGGAACAGUGCCUCACCGGGAAAUAGUGUUUGAUGAAAUACUUGAACGGCUCGCUGAUGAGGGUAUCGGGCUUUGAUCAAUCAUUGAUUGAAUCCGGGACGAAUGGAGUGGCCGGGCUUGACAGAGACGAGGUUAGUGCCUCUGCUUAGUACUUAACGUAAUCAGACUGUCCACUGAGUUGGACUGGCAUAUUUAGAUCAACGCGUUGACUCGACGGGACCUUGUUUAUUGUGAAAUGCUAAUCCAGCUUGCUGGACCAAUGGCUUAAGAAUUUAACGGCGGAAUACUUGUGGAGAGCUUUGAUGUGAUUUAAUGGCCAUUGGAACACUGUUGUAGAAAAAACACGGUAUGAGGAUGUGCUGCCCAGAGUGUCGUCUUACUUCUCUCGAUUCUUAAUAGAAUUGUUUCUGUACUCCGGAGAAGAGAAAUAAAAGGGGUUUGCCGUUAAAAGAAAGAGAAACGAGAAUAAAGAGGGAUGGACUCGUUGGAGCGGUUGAUGAGCACCGGACCUCAUCAUUCUGCUCUCACCGCUGCAUCAAGGACCCGAAAUGCGUUUGUCCAAGCAAGCAUGUGCUCGGUUGUCGGCCGAAAGGGUCGUCAUCUCACCGGCACAUUUUGCCUGACUGGAGAUACUAUGGAAGGCAUCAUUCAGUGUCUUGUUUUUCUCAAGGCAUUCUCGGUAUGUACACAAUGCUUCAUGUCCGACCGACCGUCAACCAAUGAAAAUGCUUGAACUAUUAUGUGAGAAUAUCGAGAGAGUUUUCUAUGUUAAAUAAAUGAUAACGUCUGUGUGUAUUAAAAAAAAUAUAUACAGUAUUUAAUUUCUACCAGGUGUUUAUUUAUCUCUCAACUUUUCACAGUUGUUUUUCUCAUCUACCGAAGUUGUCUCCGCGUUUAACGACGCAAAGAGGGUAAAAUGAAAUGUGCGAACGAGAAAGAGAGAGUGAAUGAGACAGAAUGAGAAAACACCGUGAAGUUGUAAAAUGACGAUGUGAAAAGUUUCUACUUACUCUGCAUACGGUACCCCAAGUGUAAAUGGAAAAACUUUGUGAUACAGGAUGGAAAAAGAUUCAUAAUUUACCAACUGCAAAAAUGUUGGUAAAUGUAAAGUAGAAAAAAUAAUGUCUGCAAUUAAAAUGCUGAGGCUUCUCCUCUGAGACUCGUAUGCUCAGUGUUAAGUCAUUUUUAAUUUUUAACAAUAAAAGAGUGAGAAAAUUUUAGUGAUUUGAAAUAGUUUGUUUCCAGUGAAAUAAUUUUCCACUUUUUAAGUCGAAUUCCGUUUAAUCCGAAGUUUCCGGAUAUUGUACAAGCAUUUGAUUUCGUUCCGUGUGAAUUUUUUCAAUAGGGAUAUUUCAUUGGGUGCAUAUGAUUCGAUUGACUAAACGAUUGCUUUUUAUUUCCCUAAAAAAUCGAGGAAACGGAUAUUUUUCCGCCCAAAAGUUUCAUUGGUACAGUUUUCGCAUGAAAAAUCUGCAAUCCCCGUAUUUCCACUAUAUCUUUUUUAUCCGCGCAUGAAAAGUCAUCGGGUGGCUGACAAAGAGCUGUAGAAUACUACAAUUUCUAAAUGGCGACUUCACUUAUCGAUUGUUCUACUCAACCGCUUCCCUCCUCGUGCUCCAUCAAGUGGAAAUUCGUCUUUUAUCUUCCACUUGGAUAUAAUUGCGAGGAAAAGGAACAAAUGAUCUUAUCAUUCUUAAUACUCGCUUGAAAUUCUCGUUUGAUGUUGGAGACUCACUUUGCAAUCAACUGAUUUCAACAUUCGAAGGAGAUAAAAGUCGCCUUCAGUAUUCGACAGUCAACACUUUCCUCCUGAUUGCGCAUUUGGUUGAUGUCUUCGCUCGUUGAGACUAAUGUUUUUCGGGUGGGGCUACGAGGUAAUACUUUCGGCUUUAUGAAUCGGAAGGAUUGAGAUCUCUAAUGAAACCCCGCUGUAGUUAUCCCACUGGCUUUUAUUGAUACGAUUCGCUGGUAUCUUUGUAAUGUUAUGCCGCAAGUCUAACUUUACUAGCGGAGGUGACGACGCUCAAGACUGGUGGUCUCGUACUUUGUAUUGCGGCCCUUUUGUGUACUGCAUUGGACGUUUCUUGAAAACCAAGUUCAUAAAAAUGAAGAAGCCACUUUAUCCCGCGGUAUUUCGGAAUUCUAUGGCUUCUUACUGUCGUUAAAUUCAAAUUGCUGUCGUAUAUCAAGAAUUUAACGUCACGAGUGACAAACAGUAAAACCGGAUCGUUGAGAGAAGGGCAGAUUUUGCAGCUACUCACUGAGAGAAAAAUUAGUUUUUCCAAAUUGAGAAAGCAAUUUCUGCGUUGUAAGGCUAUUGAGAUUUUACGAUUUCUUGUGAUGAUAUCGUGCACUCUUGGGAUCUUUCAAUGACAAUUUUUGGGGAAUUUGGGGUAGCAUUCUUAUUCAUAUUUCCGGUGACUGAAAUUUUCCAGAGUUUCGGCAUUGCAUUAUCUUCAGUUGAUGAGAAAAUAGUUGAAUCUUCAAAUUUGCGGUGAAUUAUCAAAGUGGCGUUGACAAAGUCAGUGCUUCCAUUGUGUUCGGGGCAGUAUUUUUCACUCGAAAUGGGUCUUUGAAUCAUCAUUUCGCUAUAUUCAUCGUCAAAGUUUUCGCCUUUGAUGUCGGUCCGCAAUAUCAUGGACAUUUUUAUUUCUGGGAUGAAAAUACAGGUUUUAUUGAAUAAAAUAGGAGUCCUUUGAAUCACAGCACAUUUCCGCUUCCAUAUUCGAUUACACUGGC